AUGUCGGGGUCCUUAGACCAAGCGGUGGAGUUAAUCGCAGCGUCGAGAAUCGAGCAACAACAACAACAACUACAACAAAAUGGAAAUGGAAAUGGAAACGCAGCGCAAGGAGAAGGCGUUGAAAAAGAAACGAGUAAAAGAGACAGAGAUAAUGGUCCCGCAAAAGGCAUGAAAAGAGGUCCGUACAAGAAAAGGAAGAAGAUGACAACGAUGACAACGACGGACGACGUGAACGAGACGAAGCGUCGUCGUGACGAAAAUUUAGAAAAGAAGAAAAGAGAGAGAAGAAAACACGCAAGCGCAUCAAUCGAUGCGAAACUGGACCGAAUGCGGAAAAAGAAGUUGGUAGAACCGAAGAAAGUAAUGAGUACGUACAAAGCGUUCUCAGAGCACGAUCCAAAAGCGAAACUUUUUAGACGCGAAAAUCCGCAACUAACGAACGCGGAAAAAUAUUCAAAGUUACGGGAACUUUGGUACGGCGCGUCGGAAGAGCAGAGGGCGGCAUCGCAGGCGCACGUGAAGCGAGACGAGUUGAGAUAUCAACGGGAGAUGCAAAUGCAUGCAUAUAAGAAAUUAUUCGUGCAAAUUGCUUCCGCUCUUCUCAAAGGUGAGUUCAUGGGGACGGAAACGCGCAAGCCGCGCAAAGGGUAUUUUUUGUUUGAAAGUGCAGAGCGUGCGAUGUCAAACCAAGCAUUGCAUUCGAAAGACCUCUCUAUAAAAUGGAAAGCAAUGACGCAAGAGGAAAGAGAUGCGUUCAACGAUGAUUUUGAGAUUCAACAACAGUUAUAUAACAGCAUGCAUCCGAUUUUCGAGCAGAAGAUGAGACUUAUAAAAGAAGAGGAAGAAGAGGAUGAUGGAGACGAAGAAGAGAAGGAUGCUCGGGGUGAGAAAGAAAAUCAGGUAGCAAAGCGAUUGCACAUUGGAAUAGAAACGAAGGAAGCGAAGGUAGGAGUGAGCGAACGGGCUAAUGCAGAACUCCACGCGCGAUUCGAGAGAACACGCGGAUUUGAAUUUUUACGCGACAUCAAAUAUUCGCUUCCACCGUUGGGAUACAUGAGGAGCGACGAGAGCAACCAAAAAGUCAAAGGAAGGAAAUAUAAAGAUGCGAUGGAAAAGGAAAGUGGGAUUAUUAACCUUGGUCGAAUGAAGAUAGUGCCCAAGAUGCGAAGCGAGUUUGGGUAUGACAUUUUGAAAAAGGAAAUUGAUGAUUUGAGCAUAUCUCCUGCGAUAAAAGCGCUGUCAAGUAAAUGUCACCUGGACUCCUCGAGUUUGUCAAAAAUUUCCGUACUAGGAAGUAAAGGCGGCGUCGUUGAUUUUGAUAAGCUUAAAGCAUUCAUCGAGAAAGGUGGGAACGACGAGAAAUUGGAUUUGGCGUACGCGAAAUACGUCAAGUAUAAUCCACCAGAUUGGGUUUCUUUUAAGGAGGAACUAAAAUUGUAA